ACCCGGGGAGGAGAGCCGAGACCCGGGGAGGAGGAGAGGAGAGACCCGGGGAGGAGAGCCGAGACCCGGGCAGGUGAGGAGAGAGGAGCCGCUGAGGCUCCGGAGCCCCGAGAGACUGGAGGUGAGCAUGUCGGGGCUAGGCUCCGCCCCCAGCAGCGGCGACGCCUGCCUCAGCAUCGUCCACAGCCUGAUGUGUCACCGUCAGGGCGGCGAGAACGAGGGCUUCGCCAAGCGCGCCAUCGAGAGCCUGGUGAAGAAGCUGAAGGAGAAGAAGGAGGAGCUGGACUCGCUCAUCACCGCCGUCACCUCCUCCGGCCUCCACCCCAGCAGCUGCGUCACCAUCCAGAGGACGCUGGACGGACGGCUGCAGGUGGCGGGUAGGAAGGGUUUCCCUCAUGUGAUCUACGCCCGUCUGUGGCGCUGGCCUGACCUCCAUAAGAACGAGCUGAAACACGUCAAGUUCUGUCAGUUUGCCUUCGACCUGAAGUACGACAGCGUGUGUGUGAACCCGUACCACUACGAGAGGGUGGCGCCCGCCGCCGCAGGUCCUCAGUCUGUGAUAAAGGACGAGUUCAUUCAGGACUGUCUGCAGAUAGACCUGCCCCCCCACUCAGACCCCUACAGCCAGCCGCGGGCCGCCAUGUAUCCCAGCAUGCCCCUCUCUCCUCCAGGCAGCAGCUCCAUGACGCCUGCAGCUCCAUCAGCUGGCAGCGGGAGGAAUGGCGGCGGCGAGGGCCCCGGGCUCCUUCAGAUCGCCCCCCCUCAGAACCACGGGAGCCACGCCUCCCCGCCGCACCCCAACCCCCCCCACACACCCCAGCCCCCUCACCCCCCCACCCCCACCUCCCCACACCUGCCCGACUACAGCAGCCCCCCCAAGACUGCCACCUGGCCAGGUAACAGCCCCACCCCCUACAGCCCUGCAGGACAGAGUGGGCGGAGCCACCAGCAGCCACCGUUACAUCAUCAUCAUCAUCACCACGCCCCCAACACCCACUUCUGGUCCCAGCACCACAGCACGGCCCCGUACCCUCAGCCAGUGUCCAACCACCCAGGUCCAGAGUUCUGGUGCUCCGUGUCCUACUUUGAGUUGGACGUGCAGGUCGGGGAGAUGUUUAAGGUCCAGUCCAGCUGUCCUCUGGUGACGGUGGACGGAUAUGUGGAUCCUUCAGGUGGAGACCGUUUCUGUCUGGGACAGCUGAGCAACGUCCACCGCACCGCCGCCAGCCACCGCGCCAGGCUCCACAUCGGGCGGGGCGUCCAGCUGGAGUGUCGGGGGGAGGGGGACAUCUGGAUGCGUUGCCUUAGCGACCACUCUGUGUUUGUCCAGAGUCUUUACCUGGACCGGGAAGCGGGUCGAGCGCCGGGGGACGGCGUCCACAAGAUCUACCCCGGAGCGUAUAUCAAGGUGUUUGACCUGAGACAGUGCCACAGACAGAUGCAGCAGCAGGCCACUGUAGCCAAUCAGGCCGCGGCGGUCGCUGGAUCGAUUCCCGGAGCGAACAUUGUUGGAGGGACCCCCCCCACAGUCACAGCAGGUCUGGGUGUGGAUGAGUUGAGGAGGUUGUGUAUUGUGCGUCUGAGCUUCGUUAAGGGUUGGGGAUGUGACUAUCCGCGCCGCAGCAUCAAGGACACGCCCUGCUGGCUGGAGGUCCACCUGCACCGCGCCCUGCAGCUGCUCGACCAGGUGCUGCACGCCCUGCCGCCGCGGGAACACGCCCUGCCGCCGCGGGAACACGCCCUGCCGCCGCGGGAACACGCCCUGCCGCCGCGGGAACACGCCCUGCCGGUGCCACGGGAACACGCCCUGCCACCGCGGGAACACGCCCUGCCGCCACGGGAACACGCCCUGCCACCGCGGGAACACGCCCUGCCGGUGCCGCGGGAACACGCCCUGCCGCCACGGGAACACGCCCUGACGCCGCAGCGGGAACACGUGCUCUGA